CAUCGGGCGCCAAAUUACGUCAAAACAAAAAUAAACUCACCGAUUUCGUAUAAAUAAAAACCGUUCAACAAAUAUUCCAGCAAAAAUUUAGUUGUUUUGUGGUAAAUAUUCAUUCUAACAGUGCAAUGGACGAAGAAUUCGAUAUUUACGGCGAUUUGGAUGAAUUCAAAGCCGGCGCAGACAAGGAAAACAAAAUAAUUAAGGACUUGCAUGAACGCAUCGAGGAAUUGAAAUCCAAAAUUGAUCAGAAGGAGAUCGACAAGAAGGAGCUCCUGAAGAAAAAUGAAAUUUUAUUGGAAAACAUUUCAUCGCUUCUUCUCACAGCGAAAGCUGAAUUGAAACGAAAAGAUGCAGUUAUUGCGGACAUACGCCGGGAAAAAGAUAAUGCAGCGUUUCGAAGGCGUGGUACUGGUGAGGGAAGGAGCGUGCGAAAACACGACAAGGCAGUUCAGACUACGUUGAUUUGUAUGCUUGACAGUGGGUGUCAAACGGAAAAGGUCGUCGCUGAAUGUGCUAUAGAAACUGGCAAGGGAAACAGAAAACGAAUUCGAUCAAUGGAACGGGAACAAAGUCCCGAGAAGAAAGUACGAAAUGGCAGGGUUAGAGACGGGGGAAGACCCCCUAGUCCUCCUGAUAGAAAUGGGAUAUUUCGAGGAAAACAUCGCAGAAUCCUCGAAAGGAAUAGAUUUCCCCGUAAACAUAACCGUGACAAAGAGCGGGAGCAAGAGAAAAGAGCACGACACGAGUUUCGAAGAUCGGAGUUGGCACGGGGAAGACGUUCACCUGUGCGAUUCAAUAGUCCCAUUCGCGUUGGGACAGACCAAGCGAGUAUUCAGGAUUCUGCAUUGGAUGUUGAAAAGCGUCGACCAUUUAUUCCAAUGAACAAUAGAGAAUUGGAUCGAUACGUCAAAGAGAUUGGCCGAUGUGGAAGUCAAUCACCACCGAGUGAACUUUCGAGUACCCACCGUAGGAAGAAGGUUACAAAGGGUGAAGCUUUGCUCGAGCCUAGUGAAUCGGAAAUGUGGGAUGUAGCUGAAAAUGAACCACCUAGGACACUUCCAUCGGGUGCUAUUAAGUGUAGAAAAUCUCCAAAGAAGAAAAUGAAACCUGAGCUGAUUCAAUCAGACGAAAUAGGAACCACAGCAUUGCCAUCGACGUCAUCACCGAAAUCUAGUGAAGAGCUAGAACAGAAGAUGAUGGCUCUGUUUGGGGAAGCUAUGACUCAAACCGCUCCAACAAAUCAGUGUCCUCAAACCGCAGAUGAAUUGCUGGAAAAUCUCAACAUUUCUGAGCCAUCAUCAGUCGUUCGUCCGCCGGAACCGCCCAUUAUCAAGAAUUUAUCCGAUAUUUCUACCGAUGACGAUAGUCCUGCGCUAAGUGGCAGCCGGGAUUUGAAAACUAAGAAAUCUGACAAAAUCGUACGAUUGGAAGAAAGUAAGCGACGAAUAGCUGCUGAUGAAAAAGUUGCCGUUGUUUCGAUGGUUGAGGAAUUGGAGGAUGGUGAAGUGGUUUCACCUGAGGCUUCGCCAAAAGCGAAUUCCGGUCACCAGCAAAUGAUACACCUAGAGAAUACAGAUGACAAUCAUGCCAGAAACCAGAUUCCAUCGAUCAAGAGUACGGUUGAGGAAAAACCGUGCCAAGAGAAAUCUCAACCCAUACAUCAUGCUGAAAGUUCUUCCGAAACGACGAAUUCGUUGCCAGCCGACACCAAAAAUCCUUCAGAGACUUCUAUGGAAGAACACAAAACUCCUCCCGCUUCAGACAUAAAACCAGUCCGUUCUAGCAAGCGGCGAAGAACGGUUCCAAAGAAGUAUUGCGAAGAAGUGGUCAAGCCCAAGCGUAGACUGUCACAUGCUGCUCGUACAAGUGAGGAUGGAAAGUCUAAUGAUACUAGAAUGAGCGAAAAAUUGGCAAAACUUUUCGGCCCGGAAGACGAACGUUCACUCACUGAAGAAGUUAGCAAAAAACUCACGAUAUCUCCUGAUCUUAACGAAAAUGAGAAACGCACCGAUGAAUCCAGAAUAGAUAAACCAGAAGACAAGAGUACACUCGCUGAACACAAAAAAGUUUGCAAAACACUUACACCCCCACCGGACAUUAAAGAAAAUGAGAAAAGCAGAGAUGAAUCUGGAAGAGAUGACCCGGCAGACGAAAGUCCACUCAUUGAGCAUCAAGAAGUUUGCAGGACACUCACACCCUCACCAGACUAUGAGGAAGAUGAGAAAUGCACAAAUGAGCCCGGAAGAGAUGGUCCUGAAGACGAAAGUUCACCCGCUGAACACCACGAAGUUUGCAAAACAACCACUCCCUCACCGGACAUUAACGGAAAUGAGAAACGCAGAGAUGAAUCUGGAAGAGAUGACCCGGCAGACGAAAGUCCACUCAUUGAGCAUCAAGAAGUUUGCAGGACACUCACACCCUCACCAGACUUUGAGGAAGAUGAGAAAUGCACAAAUGAGCCCGGAAGAGAUGGUCCUGAAGACGAAAGUUCACCCGCUGAACACCACGAAGUUUGCAAAACAACCACUCCCUCAUCGGACAUUAACGGAAAUGAGAAACGCAGAGAUGUAUCCGGAAGUGAAAGUCCGGAAGGCAAGAGUUCAUUCACUGAACUCCAAGAAUUUUGCAAAACACCCAUCCCCCCCUUACCAGACUAUAAAGAAGAUGGGAACCGCAGAGAUGAAUCUUCAGACAUACCUGAUAAUAAAUCUGCAUCUCCUCCGAUCGAGUUUGCCUCGCAAGAAGUUGCUGUUGACUGCAACAAUACAGUGCCGCCAUUAAUAGAGACUGAAAAUGAGGAAGUCAUUGAGCAGGAUACUACUAUUCAACAUAAACAACAUGAAUCACCAACCAUCAUUAAAUCACCGGGAGUUAUCCUUAUGUCGAGCAGUUUCCGGGAGUACAGAAUCGAGGUUAAUAAUGAAGAAGAAACCACUGUUUAUGUUACACGGAAGAAGAAAAAACGCAAAGUGAAGAAAUCGGGCUGAGCCUUAUUUAUUCGGUGUUUGUUUACGAUUUGGAGAUUGUUGAAUAAAAAAUCUAAAGGUUUUCAUGUUACCAC